AUGCCUGUGUGCUUUGUCAUACCACUUGCUCGUUCUAUCGCUUCCCGUCUGAUGAAAGGACCAGGAGUCGCUGGAUCAGACAUAUCAGUGAGGACUGCACCAAGGAGAAGAGGAAGCAGGGAAACAUUUAAAGACAAGAAAUCCUCAAAUCAGGAGGACAGUGCAGACCUCAGGUGCCAGCUCCAGUUUUCCAAAGAGGAGUCGAGUCUGAUGAGGAAGAAGAUGGCGAAGCUGGGCCGCGAGAAGGACGAGCUGGAGCAGGAGCUGCAGAAGUACAAGUCGGUCUACGGGGACGUGGACAGUCCUCUCCCCCUGGCCGAGUGCUCCGGCGGCGGGCCUCACACGACCCGAGAGGCCGAGCUGCGACUGCGCCUCAAGCUGGUGGAGGAGGAGGCCAACAUCCUGGGCAGGAAGAUUGUGGAGCUGGAGGUGGAGAACCGGAGCCUGCGUGCGGAAAACGAAGACAUCCGCUGUCAGUACGAGAGAGACUGCUUUGGGCGGGAACCCUUCUCCAGCAUGCCCUCGUCUCCGUACGGUGGUGACGCGCUGGAUUCGGCGAGUGAGCUCCGUCGGCAUCUACAGUUCGUGGAGGAGGAGGCGGAGCUUCUGCGGCGCUCCAUCUCAGAGAUCGAGGACCACAACCGGCAGCUGACGUCCGAACUCAACCGAUUCAAGUUCGGGCCCACCAGCAGCAGCGGCGGCUCUGUGGGCGAGGAGGCCAGCGAGGGAGGAUUAUUCAAACCUGGGAAUGGCGGGAAUGGUAGCGGCGGGAUUAUGAUGGAGGAGCUUAAAUCGGCCAGGAUGCAGAUCAACGAGCUGAGUGGGAAGGUGAUGAAGCUGCAGUACGAGAACCGAGUGCUCAUCUCCAACGUGCAGCGCUGCGACCUGGCCGCUCACCUGGGCCUGCGCACUGGCAGCCCCCGAGACAGCGACGCAGACAGUGAUGCAGGCCAGAGAGAAGCUGCCGAGGAAGAGGAGGCAGGGCGACUUCUCCUCCUGCAACCCAAACGGGAAGGCCCUAUUGGCGGGGAGAGUGACUCCGAAGACCUGUUUGAGAAAACGGGCACCACCUCAGGGUUCGGGAGCUUCAAACCCUCGGAUGGAAGCGAGCUCAGCUCCGUAGAGAGGGCGAACCGCAGGAGGGAGGAGCGGGAGUCGUUCACCAACGUGAAGCGUGAGGCGGAGAGGCUCGGGAAGACGGUGGAUCGACUGAUCACGGACACGGACAGUCUGAUCUUUGAGGGCCAUUUGAUGGUGACGACCGGAGAGAGUCUGGAAGCAGCGGCGGCGUCCGGAUCCAAACCAGACACCCAGGUCCUGGACACCAUCAACACUCGCAUGAAGGCUUUCCGCACGGAGCUGCACAUCUUCACGGAGAAGCUGGACCACGUGGGGGAGGGGCUGAGGGACCGGACAGACGAUCUGUCCCCCAUGCCGAACCUCACAGAGUCCAGCAGCUUCCUGUCCACCGUCACCUCCAUGUCCCGGGACUCUCCCAUCGGCACCUUCGGAAGAGACCUGGUGACGGACUUCCAGUCCGGUCAGAGGGAUGAGCUGGAGUGGCGUCUAGGACAGGAGCGAGGCGUGGAGUCCCAGAGCCAGAGACCCCCGGGACUCACUAGGUACCCCAGGCCCCUGGCUUUAAGAGCAGAGCUCCGGGACGCGCCUGCCUCUGACCUCACGUUUCGUCUGGAUCCGGAGCGCAGACUGAGAGGGCCGGAGGAUCGAGAGGCCGUCGCUGCUCUGCCUCAGCCGGAGGACGAUGCUCUGCGUCUGGAGGUGCAGCGCGGGGCUCUGGAGCUUCACGGCCUGCAGACCCACGACGUGCCGUGGCCUCAGGAGCGAGCCGUGCUGCAGCAGGAGGUCCGGCUCUUCAGACGCAACACCAUCAUCUUCUACGUGAAGCUCCGCAGCAUCCUCACCAGCUGGAGGCUCGGGCGCAAGGACGAGGGCGAGGAGGAGACCACACGCCAGGAGUUUGAGAAGUUGGAGGGCAUCCCAGAGCUGGGGGUGAUACUGGAGCAGGCGGAGGGGGGGGAGGAGCGAGACGACAGGCUGUGUUUACAACAAACUCCAGAGGACCUCCCCGACCCGGGAACCGUCCUCUCGCAGACGUCACCCGACCGACACCUGCCGCACCAGAGACAGUUCGGGGAGAACCGGCAGGUGCUGCAGGCGGUGCGCACGCUGCUGGAGGACGUGAGGGCGGAGCUGACGGAGGAGGAGGCGCGGCGCUGCCAGCUGCAGACGAACUACGCCAACGACAAGGCCGCCUGGGAGGUCAAGUGGGCCGAGGUGAAGAGCCGCUGCGGACAGCCGGACGAGGAGGUGGAGGGCGAGGUGCGAGGAGAAGCUCAGGGAGGGGAAGGGGAUCCGGAUGAAGACCCCGAGCGAGAGAUGAAUCUGGAGCGGGACGAGCACCGGCGGCUGCUGGCCGACAGCCACAGCACGUCUCUGGACCUCAGCUGGAAGCUGCAGCACGGGGAGAAGAGAUGGAGCCGAGAGAGGGGCGAGCUGCUGGAGCGCCACGACCAGGAGAGGCAGGAGUGGGACGGCAGCAUGAGGGAGCUGCACCGCAAGAUGGAGAGGUUGCAGAGAGAGCUGAGCAGCCGGCGAAACGAAGACUUCGACGUUAAAGAUGGCGGCUCGGACCCGAGAGGCGUGUUUUCUCCUCAGGACAGUCCCUGCAUCGCCCCUCGCUCCCCUCGCUCCCCCCGCUCCCCUCGCUCUACCUCCACCCCACUCCCUGCCCCCCCCAGACGCUCCCACUCUGACUCCGAGGCCAUGCUGGAGCAUCAGGGGGCCGUGCGGAGGCUGAAAGGCCCCACGGAGAACCUGUUCCUUGACGCUCUGUCUCUGGACCCCCUCAGCAGCCUGGAGGUCCCGCCCCCCUCCAGACUGAGCGAGAGCGACAAGAGGUUCCCCUGCAUGAAGGAGGCCCUGAAUGAGAUUUCGGAGAGAGACGAUGAUCUUGGCAGCCCGGAGGACGACAUGGCUGUGGGCAGUCUGCUCAGAGCCAAGUCAGUGUGCUCCAUGAGCGACUUCCAGCGGUUGAUGGACAGCUCGCCGUUUCUCCCCGACAAGACUCGCCACGAUGAUCUGGGCCAAGACGACGUGACCCCUCCUCUGUCUCCGGACGACCUCAAGUACAUCGAGGAGUUCAACAAUAAGGGCUGGGGCUUCCCAUCAUCUGCGUCCGGCUCGAAUCCUGCCCUGGAGGAGUGGACAGACAAGCCUCCAGCCUCCUGGUUCCUCACCACCAGCGCCACCCUGACCACCAGCACCCUGAGCGACCCCGAGCACUGCCUAAAGUCCCCGCUGAGGGGCACCGCGGGGGGGGCUGCCGGGCUGGGAGUGGAGCACUACGACGUGUUGCUCCACAGCCCCACCCGAGCGGGGGCAGCUGAAGACCCAGACUUCCUGUACGCCAAAGGGACCAAAACCAGGAGCGGAGGGGAGGAAGGUGUGGGGGCCAGCGGGCCGGACGAGGUGUUCAGCGGGGGGAGGUGGACAUGUGGGCUCCUGGAGGGAGGGGGGUUGAGGACUUCUCCUAGUCAGCCUCCUAUCUGCCCCACUGUGGGCUACACUUCCUCUCUGGAGCUGCAGUUAUCGAGGAACAUGAGUGACGACAUGAAGGAGGUGGCGAUCUCCGUCAGGAACGCUAUCCGAUCCCCGCCCGGGCCCGUGGUGCGAGACACCGCCUGCCAGACCAAUGGACUCAGCACCCGAGGCACGCAGACCACCCAGACCAUCAACGUGGGUCUGCAGACGGACCUUCUGAGGACCCUGACCAGCAGCCCUCACCGCUGCCUCACCCCUAAAGGAGGAGGCACGCCGAUCUCCUCGCCGUCGCGCAACACCAGGAAGACCCAGUACUCUCCAGUGGUCCAGAGUAAGUUUGAGCGUCCGUGCUGCUCGCCAAAGUACGGCUCGCCAAAGCUCCAGAGGAAACCGUCCAUCACCAACAACAAGGCCGAUCUGCCCAGCAACAAAGCCCCGACCCCUACCACGCCGCAGAAGAGCAGCAACGAGUCUGCGUGGGCUCGCUCCACCACGACCCGCGACAGCCCCGUCCACACCACCAUCAACGACGGCCUCUCCAGCCUCUUCAACAUCAUCGACCACACACACGUUGCCUACGAGCCCAUGCCCAAGUUCAACAAAUCCCCCAGUCGCUCUCGCCCAAUCACAGAGUCCGGUCCAGUUCAGGGGGCCAUCGCAGUGGACCCCAGGAACGAGUGUUUACGGAUUGUCCGAGGUCGCUCUCCAAGCCCAGUGCAGCUGAUACUGGAGAACGUAGAGGGGGGGAGCAUACGGCAGGAUCUGUCCGCCCCGCCGGGAUACACGCUGGCUGAAAACACGGCCCGCAUCCUCAACAAGAAGCUGCAGGAGCAAGGACUCAGAGAGGAGAGGAGGCUUCAGACGGGGGGGCAGAGCGGCAGCAGGCAGGCGGACUCUGACAGAGGACAGUCCGGAUGUAUAGAGAUCGAAAGCACUGACUGAUGCAAUGGUAAUGUCAAAAUAUUUGACCCUCUUCAAAAAUACUGAACUUUCCAUCAUGGCUGUACACUCUUUAAGGUUUCUUCUUCUUCUUCUUCUGUACUUUCUUCUGCACUGUCGUGUCUUUCUUUUUUAUUUCUGUAUCUUUAACUUUCAGUGAGGCCCGACCGAAACCUGAUUUAUGCGUCUGAUUAUUGGAGGAGUGAAAUUAAUGAUCCAACAGUAAUGAUCUGAGUUAAUCCUUAUCAGAAACUCUCCAAUUAAAUGUUUUUCAGUGGAGCUCCUCUACGCCAAAUGAACCAAAGAAAAGCAAUAAUUUCACUCCUUAAAAUCAGCGCUGUGACACAUCGGUUGGGCCAUUUUCACCACCCAUUCAGCUGACCUGUGGGAAAAAUAAAAGACGGACAGAAAACCAUCUUUCUGGUCAUGGUUGAAUGAUGAAACAGAAAAGUGCUUUUAGUUUACUGUUUGUUCUGGCAUGCCUCUAUAGACAGAUUACAAUUCUGAAAAGUAGGUUUAAACUGUAUUAAAUCUCUACAUUAAAACAAUGUACCAAAGUCUUACUGUACAUAUAAACCCAUAACAUUAACAGUGAGCAACAUAAUCCCACAUAUGGUGGUUAACUAACAUGCAGGAUUGACCAGCUGCUGCUCACUGCAGAACAGACUAGAUUACGUCUGAUAUGUGAUUUUAUAGUAAUAUACGACUGGGCUUAGAUCAGUUAUUACUGUUUCUAUGUGCCUCAAAUAGAUAUACACACAGUCGGGGUAUAAUAUAUCUUUAAAGAGGCCUAUUCAAACUAUUUUAAAGGUCAACCAGUAACCCGAACGCAAUGUUGGAAUAGUCGUGAAACAGUCAAUUUACUGGAAAAGUUAGUUCACUGUCGGUUUUAGGUGAUCUAGUUUAUUAAGACUGCUACUUUAAUGGUGCUUUUCCACUGCAGGGCCUCG